CUCCAAGAAAAUGGAUUUGCCAUUAUUGAGAACUUCCUCAGCGAGGAAGAAAUAUCUUCACUGAAAAGCCGCAUGCAUGAAAUUGUCGAAAAUGUGAAUCCACAAGAACAUCAGACUGUUUUCUCUACAACAAAUCAGACAAGAAAUGAUUACUUUAUGAACAGUGGUGACAGAAUUUCUUUUUUCUUUGAAGAAGGAGCCAUUGGCAAGGAAGGUAAUUUGCUGGUGGAGAAACAAAUGUCUAUAAACAAAGUUGGACACGCCCUUCAUUGCCAAGAUUCAGCUUUCAGUAAAGUCACCCAAAGUGAUAAGAUUAAGAACCUUUCCAGAGCCAUUGGUUUUACAGACCCAGUGAUUUGCCAGAGUAUGUACAUUUUCAAGCAACCUAAGAUUGGUGGAGUUGUGACUCCACAUCAAGACUCGACUUUCCUCAACACCAGCCCCAAGCGUCUGGUUGGUGUGUGGAUUCCUCUGGAGGAUGCUCUCAAGGACAACAGCUGCCUCUGGUUCAUCCCUGGCUCGCACAAGAAUGGUGUUCACAAUGAUAGGUUCAUGGUUCGUAACCCUGAGGAUGGGCCCGACAAGCCAGCCAUUAUCUUCACCAAUCCUGCCUCAGAGUACGACAACAGCAAGUUUGUUCCUGCUGAGAUGAAGGCGGGCUCUCUGGCCCUCAUCCAUGGGGAAGUUGUCCACAAGAGUGAGCCGAACUUGUCUACCAGGUCACGACAUGCUUACACAUUCCACAUGUUUGACGCGUUCGGUGUGGAGUACAGCAAUCAGAACUGGCUGCAACCGACAGAAAAGGGCUCUUUCACCCACCUGCUAAACGCAUAAGGAGAGACUAAAGCCUGUUCCCAACUUGACUUUUAUCAAAUAGCUUGUUGGAUGAGUUUUGAGAUGUAUUUUGCUUUAGUGUAGGCAGCAAACAGAGCUCAUGAUAUUUAGAGAAUGAAAAUACUCUAGUUACUCUUUUCAGUCACUGAGCAUUGCAGUUUUACCCUCAAACUGUGUUUCGUUUUAAAAGGCGUACUUUAUUGAAUGUUGCUUCCACAGUCAUAGAAAGUUCCAUGCUAUCCUUGACAAAUUGAAUUAAUCUAAUCUUGGACCUUCGUGGAGAAAUACUACAAAUUAUGACAGGAAUGUUUUUGAAAGUAUCUUUGAUGUAAGUGAUUCCAAUGAUGACUUUUCUUUGCCUCAUGAUGACUUGGAAAUAUGCGAUUCAGAUUUGGAUUACGAUGUUGAUAGGACGAUUGAUCUGGAUCUAGAGGUAGCUUGGAAUGAAAGGAACCAGAUAAACAAAGGUGUGUUGAAAAAUGUAGGUGGAUUAGUGUUUGUGAUGAAACUGUUGAUUUCAGCCAGGAUAACUUUGAUGUAAUUUUUUUCUUGUGAAAAAACAAAUAUCUAAUAUCUAAAAAUGUUCCACCAAGUUGUGAGCCCCCCCCCCCCAUUUGCUAUUUUUCUUUCUUCAUAAACCACAAAUUUUAACAAAUGCUUUGUACAGAAAAAAACAAAAAUUCCCAAAA